AUUUGAAAUUUAAAAUACAUGACCGUUGGGAAUUCUCCCAAGGAUAACCUGCGAAGAUAGAAAACCCACAAUCAAAAUCUAGUUUAAACUUGAUUUGCCCACAUUACCCAAUCAGCACCGUCUUCUCAUUCGAUUGAACUUUGUCUGAAUCCGUGCCUAUCUUCCCAUUCGAUUGAACCAACCACAACAAUGGGAAGGCUUGGAACAAGUGAUUACGAAGACCUCCGAAAUGCAAGAAUCUUGGAAAAUCAGGCUCGCAUGGCCACACUUGGACUCCACAAAACUGCUUCCGAGCUCCGCUCAAUCGCUUCCUCUGUAAAACCCACCAAUCUUAGAAAACACAGUAAAAAGGACUACACACUCACGCCAUUACGUCGCUCGGUUCGCUUAAAGCAUUCCGAUCAUCGCUUAAAGCAUUCUUCAACUGCCACCACCAACAAGAGGCCGAACCGCGUUUCUUUACGCCGGUCUUAUCGCUUGAGAGGAAAAGAAGGUGGUGUUUCAGAGGAGAGUGUAGAAGAAAGUGAAGAGAGUUAUGGUACUACUCCUAGUAGUGAAGAGAGGAGGCCUGCCAACAUGCCUUUGGUGAAAGUGGGUGGUUUGGAGCUUCAGCUUUCGCCGGAAUAUUCUGCCCGCCGCUGCGAUAGCAAAGGAAGGGGCAGUCUCUAUGACCCUGUCUAUGGAAUUUGCUGCCACUUCUGCAGGCAAAAGAAACUGUGCGGAGAAGAAGAUUGCAAGAGAUGUAGUGAUCUUGAUAUGGAUGAGCCAUGCAUAGGGAAGACGGAUUGUUCAGCUUGUCAUUCUAGCAAUGGUGUUCUCUGUCGAGCCUGUCUCAUGGUUCGGUAUGGUGAAGAGAUGGAUGAGGUGAGAAAGGACAAAGAAUGGAUGUGCCCCCAUUGUGUGGAAGAAAAAGGAAUUAACCCUUAUUGGAUAUGUAACAGUUCACUGUGCCUAAGGAAGCGAAAGAUGGUUCCAACUGGCAUUGCAAUAUUCAGAGCUCGGGAGAUGGGGUACAAAUCUGUGGCACAUCUACUAAUGGAUGAGCUUCAACGAACAAACAAGGUGAUUGCGUGAAGAUGAGGAGGUUGUUCUUUGUUCAAGAUCAGGAAGUAUUAGCAAGAAUAGAGAAGAUACGUGCAAUUGAAGAAUAGAACUGGCUGUUCUUACUUCUAAUGCGCAUUUUAACAUCAACUAUUUUGUUCCUGUAACAAAAAUUUAGGUCCUGGUAUUUUGUCCAUUUUCAACUG